AUGCCCGGAGCCAUUUCCCACCCCCCUCCCGAGACCUGCCAAGCUCGUCACCCCAGUGAGCCGCCGCCCACCCCCCCGGAGGUUUCCUGUGCUGGCCGAGAGGAACCCGAGCGUGGCCCCCGUGGGCGUCUGGGUGGAGAGCGGGCCCGGGCAGCAGAGCCCGGCCUUUGUGUCAGCGCUGCGUGUGGAGGAGGAGCUGAAGGAGCAGCAGCGGAGGAAGGCAGCCAGCCUGAGGAGAUUCCAGGGCGAGGUCAGGCAGAGGGUGAACCGGCAGGUCAGGCUGCGCCGCAGGCAGGAGCUGCAGAGGGCCUACGAAGCAGCGGAGAGGGAGAGCUGUGUUACCGUGCAGUACUCGACCCCCUGGAAGAACACCUGCCUGUUCCAGAGUCUCCCUGCUCCUGUCAUCUGUGGGCCCAGGGCUGGCUCUGGUCCAGCCCAGCCAGAAGAGGAGCAUGGGGAGCCAUUCCAGCAGCAAGCUGCCGAGUGAUGUUUAUAGUGCGUUUGGUGGUUUAGAAAGCCUGUGUGCUCACCUAGGAGCUGGAGUUAUUCCACUCGAAGCACCAUGGGAUGCAUUCCAGUUGAAGUACCUUGGGGUGGAAAAUCACUUCUGGCUGGAUACCAAGCAAGAAAAUUUGGGAUGUGGCAUCUCAGCAGCAUGUUUUGGGAGCAGAUGAGUUGCCUGGAUCAGGAUUUCAGUACCUUGGGCGGUUCAGAAAACCCCUUGGCUGAUUGUGUGUUGGGUCGUGCUGCCUGGCUGGAGCAGAGUGACUGGGAGAUGUCUCUGUGCAGCUGAAGCU